AUGUCUUCCACUUCUCCCGCCGGUAAGCGCAAGCGCAGCGCUUCCCAUCUCCCCGUUCCUCAGCCCACAACUGAGCUCCAGCCUUCUUCGCGCGACGCGUCCGGCGAGGAAGGCGGCGAGGACUCGACCGGUCCUACCAAUGCGCCACCUAAAUCCAAGACACAGGACUCCACCACUUCCUCUCACAAACGCGCCCGUAAGAGCUCCGGCGCUGCGUCGGUGACCGCGAAUGGUGCCGACACCCCGAUACACAAGGAGGACCCUGGGGAGCCCUCCGAGACCACUGUGGCUUCUUCCGACAUCGAGAAUCCCCCUCGGACUCGACCUGGUCUUCACAUUGACUUGCCCAAGGACCAGGAGUCCAUGCCUCCGCCGCAACGUGGUGUGUUGCAAGACCCGGUCGGUUACAAGACCAACCCGCCGCCAAAGGGACGGCCGGUGCGAGUCUACGCGGAUGGAGUCUUCGAUUUGUUCCACCUUGGUCACAUGAGACAGCUUGAGCAAGCUAAGCAUGCUUGCCCCGAUACCUACUUGAUUGUCGGUGUCACUGGCGACGAGGAGACGCACCUUCGCAAGGGUCUCACUGUGCUGAGUGGUGCCGAGCGAGCUGAGACAGUGCGGCAUUGCAAGUGGGUGGACGAGGUUAUCCCCAACUGCCCAUGGGUGGUGACCCCGGAGUUUCUGUCGGAGCAUCAGAUUGACUACGUCGCCCACGAUGACCUGCCUUACGAGGCGGCGGAGGGUGAUGAUAUUUACGCGCCCAUCAAGGCUCAGGGCAAGUUCCUGGUUACUCAGCGCACAGAGGGAGUCAGCACCACAGGUCUUAUUACUCGCAUUGUCCGAGACUACGACCAAUAUAUCUCCCGUCAGUUCAAGCGCGGUGCCUCCCGCCAGGAACUCAAUGUGUCUUGGUUGAAGAAGAACGAGCUGGAGAUCAAGCGACACGUGGUGGAGCUCCGGGACAACAUCAAGAACAACUGGACUAUGACCGGCCAAGAGCUGGGUCGGGAACUGCGACAGAUCUGGCAGAACAGCCGGCCCAGUAGCCCGGCACCUAGUGCCCGCAACAGUGUUGAUUACGGCAGUGCUCGUGGUCCCCUGGCCAGCCCAACGGGUGGUAGCAAGUCGCACCUGUCUCGUGUGGAGGCACUGAACCGUCCCGACAGCCCGAUGGGUGGUGCCCGGAACGAGGACUUUGCAACUGGUUACAGCCUGGGUUUGAUUGGCGGUGUACGAGCAUGGAUGAUGCGUAGCCGUCUUUCCCUCGAAACCCCCAGUCAAAUGCACUCGCCCACAGAAGAAGAGGAGCCCGAGUCCGAGCAGACUAACGGCUACGAUGAUGAACUUCGUGGCCGAAAGGGUGUCUCGGCCCAGUAG